AUGGACGACCUCAGCUUCCUGGAAGGCAUCCUAAGCACGAAGAAGACGCAGGAUCCAGGUGAGGAGGAUCCGUUGGUGCUGGCAAUCGCGCGGAAGACGGAGGCCCAGAAGCAACGCCAGGAAGCCUCGCAGGCUCGCUGGGCCGCCUGUCAAGACCACAAGGUUUGGCUAGCCGAGAAAAACUGGAGAAAGGAAGUCCGCAGGAAGAAGGAGGAGGAGCGGAGGCGCCUCGCUCAGGAAGCAGCCGUUGAAGAGGCUCGGCGGGCGGCCGCGGCACGGCCUGCUGAAAUUCCAGCUGCUGUCCGAGCGGAAGAAGAAGCUAGAGACAAAGUGAGGGUGGCUUUGCAAGAAGCGCAAGAGCGCUGGUUGGAGACAGAGUGGCAGCCACAACUUAUGAAGCGGAAGCAAGAGGCCAGGUCAAUUCGGAUGGAAGCAGAAGAGGCCGCAAGGCGCAAGCAAAUCUCUGAAGCAGAGCGUGUGCGCUACGAGCAUGGGCGCAUGGAGGCGGAGGAUGAUGCCGUGAGGGCCUUUGAGAACACCAGCGAACGGGAGUGCCAGCGCUUAAGUGCCCGAGCUCAGACACCUCGUGUUGCUGCAUCCAUCGCCCGCUCCAUAGAGAUGGUCCUGGAAAUGCGAGGGUUGGAGAUUCGCUGGAAGCAGAGCUUGGAGGAGCGACGCUUGGCAGAGCAAGAGGCCCUGCUCCAUUUGAUGGAGGAGCGGAAGGAGCGCGACUACCGAGAGUGGCGUGUCUUGGUUCACGAGGAGCGCCUGCGACGCCUGCGUGUGCAGAACCGCGAGGCGCAUCGGGAGGCCUCGCUGAGGGAGUGGAAGCGCCUGGAGCUCCUUGGCCGCGAUGCCCUCAGAGAGGAAGAGCUCAAGCAGUCUGCGGCUUUGGAAGCUGCCCUUGUAAAGAGCGACUGGCAGAAAAAGCGGCUGCAGGAGCAGGGCAUAUCUCCUCACAGGGUUCUUGAAGAAGCGAAGCUGCUCGCUGAGAAGCAGCGGAAGACGCUGGAGGAAGUGGGGCCAAAGCAAGCUGAACAGGAGCUGUGGGAGGCCUUGCUCACCAAGAACCGCUUGGCCAGAGCUCAAAAGGAGCAUACAGAUUUGGCCAGCGCACAGGUUCAGUCAAGACCCUUCAUGCAGAAAUCGGAAACCUUCAAGGCCGUGGAGGAGUUCCAGGACCCUCGUCUCAGCUUCAAGUCCAUGGACCGUGGAAGCGAUGGUCACGGACUUCCAGCAUUGAAGACGCAUAGUGGCUACGUGGAAGAGUUGGAAAAGACCCUGAAGAACAUCGGCUCUGCCCCAGAUGACUUAGAAAAGCAGGUCUGUUGCCGCAGAGCUCGAAUGGCAAUGCUUGCGUAA